UCUUAUUCUGUGUGUUUUUUCCUUUGUUGGGUUCUACCUUUUAAUGAAAUUUGUUAGAACAGAAACCACGGACUACACUAGGCAGAAUGAGGUGUCCCAGGAGUCAAAAUACCUGCGCCGGUAUUGGGGUGUUAUCCACCCACCCCCACCACAUGGUGGCAAGAAGAAAUUAAUUUUACAGUGGACAAAAUUCCUUAAAUAUGGCAUCUGGCUGAUAGAUGAUAUUUUCAAACAUUGUCCCGUCUCAAGCUGUGAAUUUACCAGGAACAGAAAACAACUGAAGAGAAGUGACGUUGUGGUAUUUCACCCUAGAAAUAUGCACGAAGACCGGUUACCGUCCCGAAAAUGGCCACAUCAAAGAUGGCUGCUAUUUAACUUGGAGCCACCUUAUUUCACUGGCAUACAACCACAAAGGUAUAACAAUCUUUUCAAUUGGACAAUGACUUACAGAGAGGAUUCGGAUUUUGUAUAUUCUUACAACCAGGUAGAACGUCAUAGGGAUAACAGCAGUUUCACUGAUGUAAAGAUUGAAAGAAAAUCAAAACUUGCUAUUGCUAUGAUUUCUAACUGUUUUGCCACCAACAACCGUCUUGAGUAUAUCCAGGAACUCAGAAAGCACAUACCUCUAGAUUUCUACGGACGCUGUGCAGGACGCGUGUGCUCGCCGGGUGCAUGUAAUGAUACAGCUAUGAAGAAAUACAAAUUUUAUCUUGCUUUUGAAAAUGGUAACUGUGUGAGUUACAUCACGGAAAAAUUCUGGAACCCCUUGCUAUUGUUCGAGGCUGUACCAGUGGUACUGGGGGGAUCAUCGCCACGUGACUACGAACUAGUAGCGCCCCCUGGCUCUUACAUAAACACGGCUGACUUCUCUUCCCCAAAAGAGUUAGCUGCUUAUUUAUUAAAGUUAGAUAAAAACGACCAGUUAUACAUGGAGUAUCACAAAUGGAGGAAGAACUACAGGAUAACUUCUACUUGCACGCCACUGGAGCUGGAUUCUCAGGUUCGUGAGACUGGAGAGUCCCAGAAUUUUGGGACUCGGAAAAGUCUCAUGAGACCCUUGUCUCAAAUUAUGGUACCAAAGUUCAGUUGA